CCCCCGCCCACCCGGGGGCCGGCACUGAAGGGGCGGUGCCGCUGCCCGGGCACAGGUGCGGCGGCGGUGUCGGUGGCCGUGUCCGUGUUGCGGGCGGGUGCGGAGCGCCCUCCUCCCGGCGGCGCCCGGUGGGGGAUGUGCCGGCCGCCGGGGGCGCGCCGCCCGUGGGAAGCGCGCUCCUAACGCCACCUGGGUGCCGCGGGGAGCGCUCGGCGCGGAGCGGGCGUUGUGGGGUCGCCGGGAGCCGGGCAGAUCUUGAUGGUUAUGGCAAAAUCUUUCUUCAGCUUAUGGUAUAAUGGACUACCAGUUGGAUGAUUUACAGUCGUCUGAAACAUGAUAUAUGCUUCUCCUCUUCCGUGUCCAUGCCUACAUGCUGACGCAGUAUCAGUUUUGUUUCCAAAAGAGGAGUUCACAGAAUUACACAGUGUCUGAUCCAACUAGCCGUUCUGAUGAUCCUCACUGGACCAUACUAUGUCAGAGAGCCACAAUGAUCAUGCAAAAUAACAGUUCAGCCUCACCUCUGUUUUCAAAUGUGAGCUCCUUCUGGAAGAGAGAUUCACACAGACCAGGACUCCUUGAGGAAGCAGCAUCACUCAUUGGCAGCUAUGAUUUCCCUCAGACCACAGAGAGUUUUACCUUCUCCACUGUGGAAUCAACAAACAUGACCCUAAAUGCCACAAGCAAAGACCCUCUGGGUGGACACACUGUCUGGCAAGUAGUUUUGAUUGCUUUCCUCACGGGGAUCCUUGCCCUGGUGACCAUCAUAGGAAACAUCUUAGUGAUUGUUGCAUUUAAAGUUAACAAACAACUGAAAACGGUCAACAACUACUUCUUGUUGAGCCUUGCUUGUGCAGAUUUGAUCAUCGGUGUUCUUUCCAUGAAUCUUUAUACAACAUACAUCAUCAUGGACCACUGGGCUUUGGGAAGCUUAGCCUGUGAUCUUUGGCUCUCCAUUGACUAUGUCGCCAGUAAUGCCUCCGUCAUGAAUCUCCUUGUUAUAAGUUUUGACAGGUAUUUUUCCAUCACUAGGCCACUAACAUACAGAGCCAAACGAACAACCAAAAGGGCUGGGGUGAUGAUUGGUUUAGCAUGGAUAGUCUCUUUUGUUCUUUGGGCCCCUGCCAUCUUGUUUUGGCAGUAUUUUGUAGGGGAGAGGACUGUGCCUCCUGAUGAAUGUUUCAUCCAGUUUCUAAGUGAACCUAUCAUCACUUUUGGCACUGCCAUAGCUGCCUUUUAUUUGCCAGUCACCAUUAUGAGUAUUUUGUAUUGGAGGAUCUACAAGGAGACGGAGAAACGCACCAAAGAGUUAGCAGGGCUACAGGCUUCGGGCAGUGAAGCAGAGGCAGAACGCUUUGUACACCAGACCGGCAGCUCCCGAAGCUGCAGCAGCUACGAGCUGCAACGGCAGAGCAUGAAGCGCUCCACUCGAAAGAAAUAUGGACGCUGCCAUUUCUGGCUCACAAUGAAGAGCUGGGAACCCAACAAUGACCAGGGAGAUCAAGAUCAUAGCAGCAGUGACAGCUGGAACAACAAUGAUGCUGCUGCCUCCCUUGAAAAUUCAGCUUCCUCUGAUGAAGAAGACAUUGCUACAGAGACCAGAGCCAUCUAUUCAAUCGUGCUGAAGCUUCCUGGUCACAGUGCUAUCCUCAAUUCCACAAAACUACCCUCCUCGGAAGAUCUGCAUGAGUCAGGGGAUGAACUGCAGAAAUCCCACACAGAAUCUAAGGAAAAGAAACCAAAAAAAUCGCACCCUCCCAAAAGUGUUCAGGAUGGUGGAAAUUUCCAAAAGAGCUUUUCUAAGAUUCCAGUUGAGCCAGAGUCAGAAGACACAACCGCAGCUUCUGAUGGCAUCUCGUCAGUAACCAAGACAUCUGCAACCUUGCCCUUGUCCUUCAAGGAAGCAACACUGGCAAAAAAGUUUGCCUUGAAGACCAGAAGUCAGAUCACAAAGCGAAAACGAAUGUCCCUUAUCAAAGAAAAGAAAGCAGCGCAGACACUCAGUGCCAUUUUGUUUGCCUUCAUCAUUACAUGGACCCCAUAUAACAUCAUGGUUCUGGCAAACACCUUUUGCAGCUGUAUCCCCAAAACUUUCUGGCACCUGGGGUAUUGGCUUUGCUACAUCAAUAGCACGGUGAACCCCAUGUGCUAUGCACUGUGUAACAAGACAUUCAGAAACACCUUCAAGAUGCUACUGCUGUGCCAGUGUGACAAACGAAAACAACGCAAACAGCAGUAUCAGCAAAGGCAGUCUGUCAUUUUUCAUAAGCGGAUCCCUAGGGAGGCUUCAUAGAAUAGUAUUUUUUAAACAAUAAAAAACCAAUGAAACAGGGAUGAGAUGAGAUGAGAUGAGAUAAGAUGGGACAGGAUGGGAUGGGAUAGGACGGGACAGGACGGCACGGGACAGGGCAGGAUGGGACACAGGAUAGUAAGGAAUAUGACGGGAUGGGUUGGGGUGGGAGGGUGGUUCCAGGGUGCUGAUUCUAUGAUUUAAAUAUCAAGUCAUGAAAGCAGCUGCCAGACUUAUUUAUCCUUUCAAUAAAUCCAGUUUAAUAUAAAAAUCAAGUCUGCAUUCAGCAAAAACUAACAAACUUCAGUGUUUUUACUAAGGAAUGAAAUAUUUAAUAUAGUUUUCCUACAAAUUUGCAAGAAGCUGUAUAGCAGUUAUAAACCCAUUACUUAUCUGCCCAGCUCUUUGAUCAUAAUCAACUCUGAGAUCUCAGGUAAGCACAUUUAGCUAGCCCAACUCUUCUGUUUCCAAGGAAUCCAGCAUCUUUCUAUUCAAGUUACAUAGACAGGUAGCAAGCUUGUGAAACAGGAUUAUGAAACUAUUUGAGAGACUGUAUAGGUUGAAAAAUUGCUUCUUGUUGUCCAGGUAGAGUUUCCUGUCUACUUCUCUUCUGGUGUAUUGUUAAUUGUCCCCCUGAUUCCUGAUUUCCAAGUAUCUAUGUGUGCAGCUCAUGUUAUAUAUAUGGGUGUGUGUGAGAGUGUAUGUAUGCAUAGCAUACAUUCACACAAGUAAACUACACACAUACUGGGAAAGAGGUGACCUUAUGUUCUAGGUUUUACAGGACCCCUCAUCAUAAUUUCAUGUGAUUGAAAUUUUAAAAAGGAGUCAGAAAAUCAUGUUAUAUGUAUAUAGUUCAUUAUUUGCCACCCAAAACUCAAGUUUAUCUCUGGAACCAAAACAUGAUGUCCACAUUUCAAAAAGAGAGAACCAAAGUAUAGCCUGUGAGCCUAACAGUCUACAGAAUUUUAUAAUGGGGUAGAUGCCCAGUAAAACCUUAAUCUUGAGCAUAGUGUCUCUCCGGAAUGUGAUCACACCUCUUUAAAAGAUAGAAACGUGAAAGGAACUGAGGGCUACAUUUGGGAAAGAGUUUGAAGCUAUCUUUGUAGGGCGUAGGAUGAUGGAACUCCAGAUCACGGCUGCAGAGUACUGAUGCCCAGAGGGAGCUGCUCAGGAGCCAGGCAGGCACAAUCAUCAGCAGAACCCCCAUGUUAUGCUGGGGGGUCUGUGCUGCUGUUGUGGCACAGACGGGUGCUGCAACACCUCAUCCUGAGUUGCAACGUGUGGAUGCACCACCAUUCUCGGAGCCAGCUCUGAUCUAAUGUGCAGUAUCUCUACAGCUUCCAAUGAAAGUUCAAGUUAUAAUUUUCUGACAAAACUUGGUGGAGCCCCCCUGCUUGCACUGUCUGCCCAGGUGAUCUUCAGAUGCAAAAGAUUUGUUUAAAAGAAAUGCUUUGUAUUUGCACAUGAAGGAUGCUCACUAAAAAGUGUUUCUUUUCCAGAACCUGUUUUAAAAUCAUCAGGAGAAGUGCAUCUAAAUCCGUUUGACGCUAGGUUAUUCGGUGUUGCGAAAAAUGUGAUAUUGCCAAUUUCUUACCUGGCAAUUUUUGAUAAAGACAAUUUUAAAAGGGCUUUAAUAUUUAUAGCUUAGACAUAACCAGUAAUUCCUGGUAUUUGUGAUGUGGUCUGCACCACAUAAAAAGUCACAUAUAAAAGUCAGAGGUCCCCUGGGGAAAGGAUUGUACUUUAAACUGUUGCUCUAAAUCUGAUUUAGUUACAUGUUGAAAGAUUAUUUUGUAUUCUCCUUUGAACUGACCAAAACUUUUUUUUAUUGCUUAGACUCUUAUUUUGCUGAAAAUAAAACAAAACAAAUAUCUUAUUUUACAAAGGGGCAUCAGUGUUGUGAACACAGAACUGAUGUUAAAGCUGCUUUUGUAUUCAGUGUGAGAUGGUGUUUACAGAUGAUUUUGACAACAGUGGAAAUAUAUUAAAUGGUGUCUGUGUAUCUGAACUAUUUAAUUUUGUGUUAUGUUCAUAUGAAGAAAUAUUUAUACAUAUUUCACCAAAUGUUUUAUUUAAUGUUGAUAAAUAUUGCUCUUCAGUCUUCAGCUGUAGUGUCCUUUUAAAGUGAUUCAUAAAGGUCUGCUUGAGAAAUGAAUAAACUAUACCUAGCUUUCUUGUCACUAAAACAAAUACUUUCUUUUGUAUGAGUUGUUUAAAAUGUCUACCCUAAGGUAAUCUCAUAAAUAAUAUUGCAACUCUACUGCAAGUUUUAGUAUAAAAUACAGAAAAAGUUAAAGCUUCAUCCCUAAGUCACAAGUGCAUUUUGAACUAAAGAUACCAGAAUUGUUUUACCAGUUUGGUAGCAACAUAAAACCAAAGCCUUAUAAGGCACCUGUGUUGCAAAGAAAAUUAAUGACCUUUAUUUAUAGAAAGAAGCAUGUAUUUGAAAUAUAUUCAUUACUCAAGUUGACCUUACAAAUGUUUUAACAUUUAAAUAUAUAUCUAUAUCUAUAUAUAUUGCCAUAUUAUUAUAUUCUAAUAUCUAGAGUAGUGCUGUGCCCCUAAUACACAAAAUGUGAGAGCAUGUAAGGAAGCCAGAGUUCAUCAGGGGGAUUUAUGGUAUAUUAGUAUUGAUUUUACAAUGGGAAACUAUUAUUUUUAUUGAAGUUAAGCUUCCUUGAAAGCGUCCGUCACCACUGUUUACAUAAUAGGAAGAGUUAAAUCCUUGGAUUGUUUUAACAGAGAAAUAAAAAAACCUGUCUUUUGAUGUG